GGUCAUGGAUGGAUGGACUAAACUUUGUUGGCUUCAACUGGGAAAGAUGUUCGGCUGAGCAGUUUUCGACUGUUAUUAUACGGGGAAGAGUCCUGAAAUGUCGGUUGAAAAAUUUAUUUGAUGUUUCGUCGAGGUAUAUGCCGGUAUAUCUUUGGUUUAUUUCGGGCUUUAAUUUCGCCAUUUCAUGUGUAUGAUUCGGAGAGAGACGCGAGUCCUGCCAUUGUUUGCAGUCCUAUUCCGAUGUAAGAAUUGAAAUAAAACAAACUGCAAAUACAAGCUCCUGUAAAGUGAUAUGGAUGGAGAGACUCUAUAUUCCGAUUGCGGCAACAAUUUUUGAACUUGCUCAAAUAUUUGCAUCGCAUUUUUUUGCUUAUGCAUUUGUGAUUCUCUGCUACACCUGGAAAGGUCUAAUCCUAUGCACAAUAAUUGGUUCCUUCUAAGUUUUGUUUAGAAACAAAAUGUUUCAUUCUGAUGACGACGGUGCAGAGUCCAGCUACAUAUUCUUAACCAUGUUUUGAAAACGGAAACAAGAAGUCAAGUGUGAUCAAUUUCUGUUCUGAUUUGGAAUUCAGCAUGUAAAUGACAGGUAGCUCCUAGAUGUGUUCACCUUUUCACUCCGGUAAUACCCACAAUAUGAGAUCUGGAAAGACCUGGUGAAACAUUUUUUUCAGGCCUGCAUUUUACCUGGGAAAUUGUAUGUUUCUGAAACAGUGUUUUAUUAAUGUGGAAGGGCCAUAGUUGAAUGUUUAGGCGUAGUGCUUAGCUAAUUCCAAGUAAGUCCUUUGGAGUUUUCCCGGUCCUCUAUCUGUCACCAUCACUGUGAUUUCAUGGAAGAGGAGAAAUGUGGACUUGGAUUAUGGGACUACAAGUCGUGAACGGCAUUACUCCUUUUGUCCCUAAACAAGUUUUGUUCGAAAAAGAUCCAUGGUCUUGGAGCAGUAUUUUGCCAAGGAAUGGAAAUCCACCUCAGCCAACAGUGACACGAUUGAUCCUGGAAGUAGCAUCGGCUGCUUCGACUGCAAUAUCUGCCUGGAAUCUGCCCACGAACCGGUGGUCACCCUCUGUGGUCACCUAUACUGCUGGCCCUGCAUCUAUAAAUGGCUCCAUGUACAAAGUGCAUCUCUUGCUUCAGAUGAGCACCCACAAUGCCCAGUCUGCAAGUCUGAGAUUUCACAUACAGCCAUGGUCCCCCUCUAUGGCCGGGGCCAAUGCUCCAGUCAACUUGAGCUCGAAGGGAAGUCUUCCAAUCGUGCUGUGGUCAUGCCCCCAAGACCAGCCGCCUGUGGAACUCGAGCUCUGGCAUCUACGGCAGCUCCGACUGCUCAGCAGCUUCCAUAUCGAAACCCUUAUCAAAACCAACAUUUCUAUACCGGUCCUUUGAGCAGUUAUGAGGAUGAAGCUUCAUCAUCUUUGCUCAACUUUGGAAGCACGGGCUUUCAUAAUACGAUGGUGGGUAUGUUCGGCCAGAUGGUUUUUGCGAGGAUGUUUGGCAACUCGUUGAGUUUGUAUGGUUACCCUCACUCUUAUCACCUUGCUGGGGGGCAUAGCCCCAGGUUGAGAAGGCAGGAGAUGCAGGCAGAUAAAUCACUGAACAGAGUUUCAGUUUUCCUUUUCUGUUGCUUCCUACUGUGUCUUAUUGUGUUCUAAGUGAGCUACGCAAAUUUGGCCAAGCUAUUUAGCCUGCUUGUAAAGAGUGUUGUACCUUUGAACAUCCAUAUAUAUGUGAAGCAACCCGAUGCGGUAUCCUGUAACUAAUCUUGUCCAAAUUAGUUGAUUUUUGAUUGUGAGAGGACCACAUAUCUCAUCAUGUAAAGCAGAUCACAACAGUAUGAGAAAUCGUAUUGGAUUUUCUUCCUA